AUGGUGGUCGAUGGUGGUGGCGACGGGUGGUGGGGGCGGCGACGCCGAUGGGUGGUGGUGGUGACGGUAGCGGUUGGUGGCAACGGAGGAUGGUGGUGGUGGUCGGCAGAGGGUGGCAGUAGUGGUCGGGGUGGCGGUGGUUUGCGAUGGCGAGUGGCAACGGUGGUAGUCGAUGGCGGUGGCGGCGGGCGGCUGAGGACAGUGGUGGUGGUUGGUAGGAGUUGGUGGCGGGUGGUGACGACAGCAGGUGGUGGUGGUAGAUGGUCGAUGUGA